GCGGUGCGGCGCAAACAGUGGGCUGCCUCCUCCGCCGCUGCUUCAGGGGGCCAGUCACGCAGAGCCCGGGGCGAGCCGCCCCGAGGAGCCUGGCGCCCGCGGACAGGAUUGGCCACAAAGAAACCUGUAAGUAAUGGAAGGAAACACUCUGCUGGUAAAGAAUGUUAUGCUCCUGAACCUCUACCACCUGGUGUGUCUGGUUUCCUGCCGUGGCGUACUGCAGAAUGUGCAAAAAGCAACAGGGGCUUUCCAUUCAUCAGACUCGUGAUGUAUGUAGUCAGGUGCAGGUCCAUCAGAAUUUCCUGUGACUGUGACAGUAGACAGUCCUUCCUCCUCAGAAAUCGAAGAGGUCGAAGAUUCCUCAGAAAGUGUUCAGGAAGAGCCAGAGAAAAUCAAUUUGAAACAAGAAGCAUUGCAGGCCUUCAUGCCCACUCAUUGACAAGCAUGAUCCUGGAUGAUGAAGGUGUUUUGGGCAGCACUGAGAAUUCUUUUCAGAAGUUCCAUGCUUUCUUGGAUCUCCUUAAAGAUGCUGGGCUUGGGCAGCUGGCCACAAUGGCUGCUAUAGAUCAGUCAGAUUUUCAUUUACUAGGUCGUCCCCAGAUGAAUUCUACUGUUAGCAGUCCACCUAAAGAAGAAAAGAAGGCACUUGAAGAAGAAAAAUCAGAAUCAAAGCAGAGUGCCCCAGUAUAAACGCAAAAUCUCCAAUUUCAGAAAAUUACAGGUGAUGCUGGGAUUCCUUUGCCUCUCGACUCCUUCCAUGUCCCAGUCUCUACUCAGGAGGCCUUAGAAACUUCCAAAGACAACCUGGGGGUCCCAGUCACAGAGCAGCGGCAGGAGCCUUUUGAAGAUUUCAUUGCUAGAACAUGUUCUCCUUCAGCAGACGUCAUUUCUGGAACUGGAAGUCAAAGAAAAGAAGAGGAAUUAUCUAGAAAUAGCAGGUCUUCUUCAGAGAAAAUGAGCAAAGCAGGUGAAUAUACCAAAAAAUACUCUGCUAAGAAACAACCUGGGAAGGACCUGCAUUCCUGCUCUGACUCACCUGUAAAGCAGAAAAGCAAAGGAAUUGGGCAAAAUAAUUCUUUGCUUAAUGAACCAAUUAGAAAUGAGUCUUCAAAAAAACACAUUUUUGUUAAGAAAGAGAGUAGAAUAGUGACUGUUUCAUCAAAGACAACUAAAAGUAAACUCAAUCUACUAGAACAUUCUGAAAGUGAUACUCUUGGAUCUGAUUGUGAAUUUCAAGAAAGCAUCCAUACUCCAUCACACCUAACAUAGGUCUAAAUCUUUUAAAAUCUUUUAAAAUUAUGUUUUUGCCUUCAAAUUUUAAUAAAUUACUUAUGUUUUUAUUAUAGCAUAUGGUGUUUUAAAAUACUUGACUGGAAGCCAUUAGAGAAAGAUUUAUCUAUACUUUUUUAUUAUAAUGAAAGUUUUGGUGUAUUUUUCCUUGUGAUAGUUUGCACCAUUCAUUCAGCUAGUGUUUACUGAGGGCUUCAUAUGUACCGUAC